AUGAAGCGAGAAGGCGUUUGCACGAGAAGCCAGACCAAGAAACAAAAAGUUUGGACAGCUUGGCGAGGAAAUUCGCAUCCGGACAAUCCUUUCGAACAGGAAUUUGGCAGCUCAAGCGAUUCUGGUCAAGGUGUCUGGACGGAACUCAGUGAAGAAGUCGCCUCGAACUUAGCGGGCACUGUUGUAUCGCUUGCUUCAUUUGCUGAUGGAAACACUGUGUUUUUUGCAUGCACGGGCAUAAUUAUCGUAAACAAUCCUACUUUUACAAGUUGUCUGACUUCAUUAAGUUUGGUUAGAUCUAUUGAUGAUGACACCAAGAUCCUUCAUGAUAUGACGAUUGAAGUGCGCCUUCCGGAUAAUAAACUUGAACUGGGAUGGUUGGAAUCCUACGAUUUGAAAUACAAUAUUGCGGUUAUCAACAUCGGUCACUACCGCUCUCUUCAAGUAACAUGUCUAGAUCAUCAGCGGCAAUUUGAGUCUCACAGUAAAGUAGUUGCCGUAGGGCGUUGCUUCAACUCAGGAAAACUAAUGGCCACAGCUGGGAUGUUGACCGACAAUCCACAAGGAGCUUACCGGGAGGAGCUUGCCAUCUCCACAUGUGAAAUUACUAUGACUGGAUUUGGAGGGCCCCUUGUUGAUUUUAAUGGGGACUUCAUUGGGAUGAACUUUUAUGCUGAGAAAGAGACUCCAUUCCUACCAAGGAUUAAAAUUCUUGAACUCCUGUCGCAGUUCAGGGAAACAAUUCAGUGGAUGGCUCCAAAUAAGAAAGGACCUGGUAGUAAAAUUGAAAGAUCUCCUAGACCUUGUAAGCCUGAUUCAGAAGUCAGCUCAAGGAAGGGAGAGAAACUUAAGGAUCAGAAACCUUCCAUAUGUACUCUCUGUGAUCCAGAAUGUCAACCAGGACUCAUGGAUAGAUUAUUAUUAGAGCAGAAGUCUUUAUGUUCUGGGCGGCCGAGUUAUCCUUGUUUUGGCGUUCCUACAAAAAAGGAGCUGAGGUCCAAUGGUUAUCCCCUCCCAGUUUGGCAGAAUGCGGGCAUGCGUUUGCUUAACAAUUUUGAAGAGAAAUUUAGUGAAGAUAUCUGGAGUAAACUCGAAAGAAACGUUGCUUCAAAUAUGUCUCAAAGUGUUGUUGCAUUGGCUUCAUUCAGUGGAAAAACAAGGUGUUUUGCUUGCACUGGCGUAUUCAUAGACUGCAAUGGGUCCACCACAAGAGUUCUGACCUCGGCAAGUUUGGUUAGAACUUCUGACAAUGAAAACAAGGUUGCUGAUAACCUUAAGAUUGUAGUGUGCCUUCCAGAUAAUCGUCAUACCAGAGGGACAUUGCAACAUUACAGUAUACAUUAUAACAUUGCCGUAGUCCACAUCAAGAAUUUCUGCUGUACUCAGACAGCACAAAUUGAUAACCAGAUGCUAAUUAAACCUCAGAAGGAGGUAGUAGCUAUAGGGCGCGUCUACCAAUCAGGCAAUUUAAUGGCCACAAGUGGGAUCGUGAUUGACAAACCAAGUAAGCUUGGUUGCAAAGAGCUUAAGAUUUCCACCUGUAAAAUCACCAAGGCUGGGAUCGGAGGGCCUCUUAUUGAUUUUGAUGGAAAUUUUAGUGGCAUGAACUUCUAUGGCUUAGAAGAGGCUCCAUACAUACCAGUCAAUAUAAUUCUAAAAGUCUUGAAGAAUUUUGAUGCACAAGGGACUGUUGCUAGAGACGAUGAUGAUAGCCCAAACAGAUGGCCCGUGCCUAAGCCAUUUUGGUGCUAUCCCAAAUGGCACGAGCUUGAGGAAGGAAUAGAUGUGGAAGAAGAAAUUAUAUAUCAGCACAAGCUGAUCAUGUCUAGCAAGGUGAAAUCCAGCGCUCGUCACGCCUUAAGCUGCUGA